CUCUCUCUCUCUCUCUCUCUCUCUCUGCGUUCUUAUCAGCACGUUGUGCUACCGAGCUGAGCGAGCCUCCAAAGUCCAAAGCUUUAGCUCUCCCCGACGCAUGCCCGGUCUGAUCGAUCGAUCCAGCUCGAGCGACGGGAAGACGCAAGAUCGCUAGCUGAUUCAUUAAGGUGGAUCCCCGGAGGCAUGGGAAGAGGCCCCUACCCGCCGACGAGGAGGAGGAAGAGCCGCCCGCGGCGGCAGCCAAGCACGAGCAGGAGGAGCAUCCGGUCGCUCAGCACGGACAGGGAGGGGCUAGCUUCAGCGGCGGCGGGUCGUCGUCGGGUGGGAUGCAGGCUGGCCCUUCUCCGGAGGCGUACGCGCAAUACUACUACUCGGCGCGCGCCGACCACGACGCCUCCGCCGUGGCCUCCGCGCUAGCCCACGUCAUCCGCGCCUCCCCGAACCAGCUCCCGCCACAGGCCUUGUACGCCGCCGCGCCGGGCCCGGGAGACCACCAGGCGGCGCAGCUCGGCCACGCCGUCGCCGAGGAGGAGCAAGGGCGGAGGCGGCACUACCGAGGGGUUAGGCAGCGGCCGUGGGGGAAGUGGGCGGCGGAGAUCCGGGACCCCAAGAAGGCGGCGCGGGUGUGGCUUGGCACCUUCGACACGGCGGAGGACGCCGCCAUCGCCUACGACGAGGCCGCACUCCGGUUCAAGGGAACCAAGGCCAAGCUCAACUUUCCCGAGCGCGUCCAGGGACGCACCGACCUCGGGUUCCUCGUCACCCGCGGCAUCCCCGACCGCCAUCACCAUCCCGCGGCGGUGACGCUGGCAAUGCCGCCUCCGCAGCAGCACCAGCACCAGCAGCCGCAGCAGGCUGUCGUGCCGUACCCGGACCUCACGCAGUACGCGCAGCUGCUGCAGAGCGGCCGGGGCGAUCAGGCGCAGGCGCAGCUCAUGAUGAUGGGCGGUGCCCGCGGCAUCAACCUGCCGUUUGGCGCCGCGUCGUUCUCGCCCUCGCUCUCGUCGGCGCCGCAGAUACUUGACUUCUCCACGCAGCAGCUCAUCCGGCCCGGCCCGCCGUCGCCCGCGGCAGCAAUGUCGUCGGGUGCCGCGGCGCCGUCCACGGCGUCGUCCACGACCACGGCAUCGUCGCCCAGUGGCACUGCAUGGCCGUACGGCGGGGAGCAGAAGAAUAAAGACGCGUGACUCAGCUGAUGGGCAUGUGCAUGCAUGCAAGUUGCAAGCUUGCAAUGUGAGAGGAUCAAAUCAAGUAGCUGUAUAGAGGAAUAUUUGCAAUGCAUGCAAUAUGGGGGCCGGUAAGUGGUAGCGGUGAUUUUUUUCUGGGAACAUAAGCAUUUCCUUGUCGUUUUUUUUUCUCCAUUUCAAAUGCUUCUUUUGUUCAUUUCUAGUUAAUUUCUUGGAGGAACUUCAUUUUAGAGAACUAGCUAGCUGCUAGGGCUUUCUACCUCGUUUAAUGCUCUGUUUCUCAUCAUUUUAAUUGUGCAAACUAAUCCAAAGCAAGAAGAGAAGAACCUUGUUUGACUAAAUAGAACAAGUUUUUUUCUUUCGAAAUGGUUGCUUUAUUCCUCUGUUCAUAUGUCUAGUUGGAAUGUAAGUUCUUAUAUGUUCUCCUCUUGGCUUAUAUUGGAUAGUACAAAAAGAAACCACAUCAAUCGUUAGAUGAACAUUAUACGACUUUUUCGGAACAUUUGUUUUGAGACAUGGUAUAUCAAUCAAAGCUAACUACUCUUAGGGAAAAUGGAAUAUUCUCAAUCAGUAGUUACUUCUUAUUAAAGAAUUUGACUUUUUUAUCAAUGUUAUUCUUUUCUUUGCUGUUGCAUUGGGCAUUUGUAGUUCCUCGAUUGCACAUAUAUAUAUGCCCUUCUUUCUGAAGGAUGUUUCCUAUAUAUAUCCUUGUCAAGUCUGUAGUAGGGUAUGUACGUAGCAUCUUGCAACUCCAACCAAAUGUACUUUUAGAAAUUAAAGUAAUUACACAUUAACUGCCAUAAGAACCUAGAGAAAAAACUGGUAGAUGAUGUUUGGUGAAAGCAUUAAUUUCUUUUAUAAUCGAGAUGCCUUAAGGAUUAUGUGCAAGUAAAUUAGCAACCAAUAUUGUGCUGAAGUUAUCCAUUUCUUUACCAAAUUAAUUCAUGCGUAUAUUCCAGCUGCCUUGAAGCAACUGUGUAUAUGCUUUGUUCUGACGACUGCCAUGAACAUGAAUGUGCCACGUAGACAAUUUGCUAGUCAGAAAUGUAGCUCUAAUUCAACUA